UAUAUGCCCAUUCAUUUGAUCCCCCGUUCUACUUUGUGUGUGUGAGAGAGAGAGGGAAUGGAGAGAAUUGAGAAUCAGAAAUCAGCGAUGGAGGCAUUUGAGAAGCUGGAGAAGGUAGGGGAAGGGACGUACGGGAAGGUGUACAGAGCGAGAGAGAGGGCAACCGGAAAGAUUGUGGCACUGAAGAAGACACGCCUCCAUGAGGACGAUGAGGGUGUUCCUCCGACCACUCUCCGUGAGGUCUCCUUGCUUCGCAUGUUAUCCAGAGAUCCCCAUGUCGUCAGAUUGAUGGAUGUUAAACAAAGCCUGAAUAAGGAAGGGAAAACGGUUCUGUACUUGGUGUUUGAGUAUAUGGACACUGAUCUUAAGAAAUAUAUCCGAAGCUUCCGCCAAACUGGGGAGAAUAUUCCCACAAAAACCAUUAAGAGCUUGAUGUUCCAAUUAUGCAAAGGUGUUGCUUUCUGCCAUGGUCAUGGGGUAUUGCACAGGGACCUUAAGCCUCACAAUCUCUUGAUGGAUCGCAAGACAAUGAUGCUGAAAAUAGCAGAUCUUGGACUGGCUAGGGCGUUUACUCUUCCUAUUAAGAAGUACACUCAUGAGAUACUGACUUUGUGGUAUAGAGCCCCUGAAGUACUUUUGGGGUCUACCCAUUACUCAACUGCAGUAGAUAUGUGGUCAGUUGGCUGUAUAUUUGCUGAACUAAUCACAAAGCAAGCACUCUUUCCUGGGGAUUCUGAACUGCAGCAGCUCCUUCAUAUUUUCAAGUUACUGGGCACCCCCAAUGAAGAGAUGUGGCCAGGAGUGACGAAACUACCAAACUGGCAUGAGUUCCCCCAGUGGAGCCCAAAUCAGAAUCCUAAGAAUUCAUCAUCGGCUUUUCCUAAUCUGUCAGCAGCUGUUCCUAAUCUGGAUGAAGACGGGCUUGAUCUUUUAUCGAAAAUGUUGAAGUAUGACCCUUCAGAGAGGAUUUCGGCAAAGAAAGCUAUGGAACACCCUUACUUCGACGAUCUGGACAAGGACUACCUUUAAAAGCAAACACAAUGAUGACCCUGCAGAAUCACUUCAUUUUGUGAAUCUAGCUUAAUGAAUUACGAUGACUAGCUAACAAAACUCUGUACUGAAACUUAUUUGCUUGCUUUCCUCAAGCAUAUUUUAGCUAAAAUGAUGGGUUUUUCUGCUUAUUCCUCA